UUGCCGCCUACUCUCAAAUCAAUUUAUUUCGAAUAUGUUGACUUUGGUCCUACAAAUCUUUCAAACUAUGCUGUUGAUGUUCCAAUGCUGGAGAACCUCUCAUUUAGUUACUGUGAGAAUAUAUCACAGUUCAGCAUUACUGCUAGAAAGCUUUGCAGUUUAACAAUCAAAGGUUGUUUUAGUAGUGAACUCCACAAAUCUAUCAGGCUCAACUUGGACUUGAAAUCUAUCUCUACUCUUGACUUGGACAACUGGUCUCUCCAGUAUAUUAUGGGCGAAACAGCUACAACGGGACUUCCACCACAACUACAUGCACUGAAUGUGGAAUUCUUGAAGCUAUCAGAGUUUUCUUUUCAAAAUGAUGUUGGGACUGCUGCAUUUGUGCGCUUACUAUGCAUAUGCCCGAAGUUGUGCAAACUUGAAAUAUGUUUUUUGGUAAUAAAUUAGUUUAUAAUAAUUGUUUCCAUGUUCUUUCAUGCUACCCCUGAAAAAGAAUAAAAGAAUUAAUAAGGUCCAAUGUGACUGAGAAAGUACACCUUUUUCUGUAAUGCUGAACCAUUGAUGUUUUGUUCUUGUUUUUUUAUUUAGUGGGAAGAGGACAUCAAGGGUAUAGAUGCUACAUCUGAGCAAUUGAAUCAACUUCGGGCUGUAGUUCGAACAUAUGAAAGGCUUCUCAAUUUGACGUUUAGCUCAUUCAGAGGAUUUCAAUCUCAAAUGCUUUUCAUGAAGGACAUGCUAGAAUGUCUUCCUGCACUUGAAAAUGUUGUCAUAAUUGGUGACCAUAUGUAUGACAACUUCAAGGAGAAUGAGAUAAUCGAAGAAGUUUUGUCUUUUCCGCUUGCGUCUGCGAAAUCCAAAAUUGUUUAUUACUAAACGCUCUGAAUGUUGAAGCGAUUUUCCAAAUGGACGGUAGUUUUUUUGUAGUAUAACACCGAAGUGUUUUUGCCCAAAAAAGUUGUAUGAAUGGCAAUGUUUUUUUUAUGAAAAGCUAUAUAAGGUAAUCAAGUAUGCAUGAAGUAUUACAGUACAAACUUUUUGCACAUGC